AUGUUCAUAUUACUUCUAACCUUGUUCCAUGCUGUCCACAGCAUCUACGUCAUUUCUCUGUACGGAGAUGUGUACAAUGACGUCGAGUUCUUCACAAAGACCUUCCCCUGGCUCGUGGACAACAUAGGGGGGGAUAUCAGCGUCGACUACUACCUUUUGGGCAGUGGGAAGUACUCUGUGCCACAGAUGUGUGCUUUGGAACAAAUGAAAAUGAAUACGUUUUUGCAAGCACAGUAUUUGAAGUGUGAAGCUGAAGGUACGGACAGCGAAUCAUGCCUUUGCGAAUCCGGUAUUGACCCACAUAAAUACAGACACUGUGUCCUAACCAAAGGCUCCUACGCAAGUCUCGCAUCAGCCAAAUACAACCAACUCGGCAUAGACGCAAGUCCCAUUAUAGAAGUGGGAUACAAGAACACAGUUUUCGCAGUGGACGAUAGCUGGUAUUUGAAGAAGAUUUGUACUGUAUUCGGUGAUAACCCACCCCGAGGCUGUGUUAGGCCGUUCGCGUGUAAUUCGACUGAAGUUUUUAGUGAGAGACGGGGACUUACAUACUUCGAUUGCUCUUGCUACAAUGAAUGUGAGAAAAGAAAUGAGUCUAAAACGACAACAGCAGUAAAUACUUUUGAAAGGAUGUCAACAACGCCUUAUUUUUCUAAAGGCAAACAUAUUGAGGACGAAUAA